AUGGACGCGCCCCGCGUCGCCGUCGUCGGCUCAGGCCUCGCCGGUCUCGCCGCCGCGUACCUCCUUCGAAGGGAAGGUGCAGACGUGUGGCUGAUUGAAAAGAACAGCUCGAUACAGCAUGUGCCAUCCAGCUCUGUUUCAAAGCUCCUUCACGCAGCUGCAGCAGGACAUGUGUUGACGCCAUCACAGUCACAGCGUCUCGGAUUCCAUGCGUGGAGCAUCGAGCUGGACAGGCCCGUGAGCGUCGAGGUGCACAAGGGCAAGGCCAACUUUCGUCGCAGUCCGAGCGCCAACUCUGGUCUCGUCGCCGACGUCGGCUGCGACGGCAGUCUCGGUCUCUCUGGCCUGGGCGCUACACCGACGGGGCUGUCUCUGUCGCCCACAACAGCACUGAAGGCGGCCCCAUUGCCAUCCCUCGUCGCUGCCAAGUCGGGCGCGACGAGCACAGGGCACAAGACGGCCGUCGACGUGCCCAUGCGCUCGUUCCAAGGGGGCUACUACCCGCUCUUGAUCGCGCUGUACACCCACCUCGGGCUUCCCUUGGCUCCUCAGCGUUUCACAUUCAGCUUUUCGGCGCUGCGCACGCGCGGACACGCCCACGGACACGGCCACGCCGGCCGCGCGGCCCUGCGUCCAGCCGACACUUACUUUAUCCACGCCGGCUCGUCUGGUGUCUCGCGCCCAUCACUGCCCGGCCGCGCGUGGGCAUCGCCACUGGCCCUGGUGCGCGCCGUGGUCGACUUUGUCGUGGUUGCCAUAUGCUACCUCGCGCUCCUUGUCACUGCCUUUUUGUCGUGGCACGGCCGCCUGCCCAAGGCAUGGGGCAGUGACGCGACGUUCGCACAGGUGGUGGACGGGGUCGCGCACGUCCUCGACCGCCCCCACCGGUGGGUCCACACGCGUCUGGGACCCAGGUUCAAGGCGUUUGCAGCCGACAUUGUCCUCCCGCUCUUCUCGGCCGUGGGCACCAUGACCGCCGACGACGUGUGGGCUACCCCGGCGCACUAUGUGCUCGACUACAUCCACGCUGGUGCGGGCACGUCGCACUAUGCUGUUGGUGGCGGCCGGAGCGCGCGCGAUGUCGCCCAGUCGCUCGCUGCGCCUAUCCGCGCGCAAGGGGACGACCAUGUCCGUCUCGGCACGGCCAUUCGCUCGAUCCGCUACCGUGCCGCCACUGCCACUGUUGCCGCGGGCCUCACUCUCAGCCUGGACGGCGGCGACGAGCUCGACGUCGACCGUGUCGUGAUUGCCACCCAGGCGAGCGCUGCGCGGGCUCUCCUUGCCGGUCUUGAGGCGAGUCUCGUUGUUGGCGGCGCACGCACCGAGGCUCGCCGCGUGGCACGGAUGCGUACCGCCCUUGCCGAGGUGCGCUACCGCGACACGAUCGUAGCCACGCAUCGCGACGCCAGCGUCCUGCCUCACGCCUUGGAUGUGCGAGACAUCAACCUCGUCCAGCCGCAGGCGCACACACAGGUUGCGGGCGGCGCGACCGAGUCGACCGACAUCAACAUCUCCAUCGACACGCCGCCACUCACGCCCACGCGCUCCCGCUCGGCCUCGAGCUCGCCGUGCCCGUCCCCGCCCAACCCGCCCGCGCAGCUCGCAUCGGGUCCUGCCGGCAUGGACGUGGACGUGGAUGUGCUCGGCAGCGGCACGCCAUACUUUUCGCCCACGGACGCAGUGUACACCAUGGCCACUCACGUCAUCGCCACGCCCACGGGUCCCGUGUACCAGACGACCAACCCCGUCGUCCCCAUCGACUCGAGCAGCGUCCUCGGCGUCGCGAGAUUGGAGCGCGCGCUUCCCCUGCGCGACGCUGCCAAGACGCUGGCGGGCCUCAGGCCGCCCAGUUCCCCCACCGCGUCGAUGUCGGUGCUGCCGUCGUCGACAUCCACAGACCACCCGCCCCAGCCCGCGCCCCUCAUCCACCUCGCAGGCUCGUACGCGUACCCUGGCAUCCCCCUGCUCGAGGGGUGCGUGGGCAGCGCGCGCCGCGCCGCCGAGGACAUCUGUGGCCUCCCCGCCGCGGCGGCCGUGGGCGGCGUGGACUGGGACGCCGGCCGCGGGUCGGUGUGGGGCCGCGCGUGGCGGUGGCGACAGGCCAGGCGGGGUGGGUACUUCUGA